CACAAAGAAGAAGUUUACGCGGGAAAUUUCGCGCCAUAGUUAAAGAGCCUCGAUUUGCUUGUACACUCUUUCAAUAACCUGUCAUAAUGGAGGGUUUUGAUGAUCCCGGCAUCUUUUUCUCAGACAAUUUUGCCUCUGAAGACAAUUCUGAGCGUAAUCAGGCAAAUUUUCAGUCCAUCAAGAAAAAAUUCAAGGAAUUUCUUCGUGAAUUCCACGAAGGAAAUUUCAACUACAAAUACAGAGAUGGUCUGAAGAGGCAGUACAACCUUCACCAGUAUUGGCUGGAUGUCAGCCUGGAGGACCUUGCCAGCUAUGAUGAGACACUGGCUGAUAAACUCCGGAAGCAGCCCACUGAACAUCUUCCCCUUUUUGAGGAGGCUGCCCAAGAAGUGGCUGAUGAAGUAACAGCUCCUCGUCCUGAAGGAGAAGAGGAGAUCCAUGACAUUCAAGUUACUCUACAUACUGCAGCAAAGUCUGUUGAUGUUCGAGACUUGCAGUCCUCAGAAGUGAGUCGGCUGGUGAGCGUUGUUGGGCUGGUUGUGGCAGCGUCUGGUGUCAAGGCCAAAGCUCGCACAAUGACAGUGCAGUGCCGCUCCUGCCAGACCACCAUCAAUAACUUGCCUGUCAAGCCUGGACUUGAAGGAUACAUGCUCCCAAGGAAAUGCAAUACGGAGCAAGCAGGACGUCCCAAGUGUCCUCUGGAUCCGUUCUUCAUUGUGCCCGACAAAUGUGACUGUGUAGAUUAUCAGGUACUGAAGCUUCAAGAAGUGCCUGAGAAUUUGCCUCAGGGAGAAAUGCCCAGACACCUGCAGCUGUAUUGCGACAGGUCCUUGUGUGAGAGAGUGGUCCCUGGUAACAGAGUCACCGUUCUGGGCAUCUACUCCAUCAAGAAAGUCGGCAAGUCUAAAGACAGGAACGAGCGUGGUGGUGGCGUGGGUCUCCGUGCCCCGUACCUGCGGGUGGUUGGCAUCACUGGGGCGCAGGACGGCCGUGGUAGCGUUGGGGGCGUGUCAGGCCGCUUUACUGCUGAAGACGAGGAACAAUUUAGACAGCUCAGUCAGGAUCCUGAUGUCUAUGAGAGAAUCGCCAAAAGCAUUGCGCCAAGCAUCUUUGGCUUUCAGAGUGUGAAAAAGUCAAUAGCGUGCCUAUUGUUUGGUGGGUCUCGCAAACGUUUACCUGAUGGCCUCACCCGUCGAGGUGACAUUAACGUGCUGCUUCUUGGAGACCCUGGCACGGCUAAGAGUCAACUGCUGAAGUUCGUGGAGCAAGUGUCGCCUAUUGCAGUCUAUACGUCAGGCAAAGGCUCUUCAGCUGCUGGCCUAACUGCAUCAGUUAUUCGAGAUCCUGUUUCACGAAACUUCAUAAUGGAAGGCGGGGCUAUGGUUCUUGCUGAUGGCGGUGUUGUUUGCAUUGACGAGUUCGACAAGAUGCGAGAAGACGACCGCGUUGCGAUCCACGAAGCAAUGGAGCAACAGACUAUAUCCAUUGCCAAGGCAGGCAUCACAACAACGCUCAACUCUCGCUGCUCCGUGCUCGCUGCCGCCAACUCUGUCUUUGGGCGUUGGGAUGAUACGAAAGGAGAAGAAAACAUCGACUUUAUGCCCACAAUCCUGUCUCGUUUUGACAUGAUUUAUAUUGUGAAAGAUGAGCACGACGAAGAAAAGGAUAUGGUUUUGGCGAAGCACGUGAUGAACGUUCAUCUAAACUCCAACAACGUGCAAGACUCUGCCCUUGCCGAGGGUGAACUGUCUCUGCAAUUUCUCAAGAAAUAUAUCAGCUAUUGUAGGAGUCACUGUGGACCGCGUCUAUCGGAGGUUGCGGGUGCCAAGCUGCAGAACCGCUAUGUGCUUAUGAGGAAUGGGGCGCGAGAGGCCGAGGUUCAGGCUGAUAAGCGGCUCGCCAUCCCCAUCACAGUUCGGCAACUCGAAGCCAUCGUUCGUAUAUCGGAGUCACUGGCCAAGAUGCGAUUGAGUGCAUAUGCUAAUGAAGCUGACGUAGAUGAAGCUCUAAGGCUCUUCCAAGUGUCCACCCUCGACGCUGCCAUGUCAGGCUCCCUUACUGGUGCUGAGGGUUUCACAACUGAAGAAGAUCAGGAGACAAUCUCCCGCAUCGAGAAACAAAUUAAGCGACGCUUUGCCAUCGGCUCCCAGGUCUCCGAGCACUCCAUUGUUCAGGACUUCGUGAGACAAAAAUACCCUGAACGUGCAAUUUAUAAAGUCCUGCACUACAUGAUUCGGCGUGGGGAAGUCCAGCAUCGUUUGCAGCGCAAGAUGCUUUACAGGAUCAAGUAAAUUCUUUUCUGACAUUGCAUUGGAUCUACAAAUUAAACUUACAUUUAAUCAAUUGCACCGUAUUAAAUAAAAUGUUAUAUUCGA